CUAAAAGAAAACGAGAAAAAAAGAAGCAACCAAACAGACUCUAUGGUCAAUCUAUCUUAUCUAUUGACUCUUGUCGUGAAGUGAAGUCUUGAGUAUCUGUGAUGAAAUGGACGCGAAAGCAGUAGUAGCCAUCAAGUUAAUUUGAUAAUUUUGAAACUAUUUGCUCUUGAUGAACAUAAGUCGAUAAUACAUUAAAGCAUUUUGAAAUAUUCUGUGAAAAAUAGUUUCAUAAUUACAUGGAUCAGUGCAAAAAUGCGUUUGUCGGCUAGUAGAAAUCGUUUGAAGUGCUAGUGUUUGACGGACUUAGGUUAUUCCGUAGUGCAAAAGCUGCCACUUAUUUCUAUAUUCCGUAAUUAUUUAAAUUAUGGAAACUGUGUCUGAAGAAGGACUUGUUCAGAAUCCUUCAGUUGAAGGUGUUAAAUCGACUAAUAUCUCUUCCGAAACAUCUGACGCAGAAGUAUGUCAAAAAUCGAAUGGUGUUUCCGAAACUUUAGACAAAUCACUGUCCAACUUGGAAAACAAUUCUAUCGAUAGACCGGUUGAAUUCACAAAUACUUCCUGUAGAAAUGAUGCCGAAAGUGAAAUUCAAGACUAUGUUUCAAAUCCCAUAGAAUGCUCAGAAUCAUCUUCAUCAAAUAUAGAGAUAACACAUAAGAUUUCACCGAACGAUUCUAAUAUAACAGAGGUGCAGCUAGAUGACAGCAUUGAACAAUCUGCUGAACCUAAUAAAACAGAAGUAAGUACUACUUCCAAUGUACAGAAUCCUGAGCUUGUUGAAAAUAGAAAUUCUGUAAAAGAUGAGUUAGUAAAAGUGUCGCAAAAUGAUGACUUAGUAAACAAUGAAAAGGUUAAAUUUGAAACUGAAAUAUUGGUAGAAACUAAUGACAAUGAUGUGAAUGAGUUAGAUUUAAAUACUACAAAUGAAGUUGGUUCACAAGAAUCUACUAGCAAUAUUCUAAGUGAACUAAGUCAAAGUAUAGAGUUGAGUGAAGCUUUACGUGCCUCUGACAAUGCUGGUAAUGUAGAAAAUAAUAAUCAUUCUGUGCGACAAGAAGUAUUCAAUAAAGAAGAAUUGCUAGAUAUUUUGGAAGGCAAUGAUAUUCAAACUUCUGAUGCUGUUGUGGGGUAUGAGAUAGAAAUUAAACUUGACACACCUGAUGGUAAAUCAGAAGCUCAGUUAGCUUUGGAACAGCUUUCAAGACUAAAAAAGAGCAGGAAUCGCAAAAGAAGAAGUUCAGGGAUUAUUUCCAGAAAAAGGAACAUUAAUGUAUUGAAGGCAGAGGCUAAUAGUGAUGCCAUUGUAUCUAAGAAGGAAGAUGUCAAAUCCAAGAAAGAAGAUGUUGCAAUUAAGCCCAAGAAAGUUGAAAAUAAAGAAAAGGCCAAAAAAGACAGCAAAGCUGAGGAUAGCAUAGUUAAUAAGCUGGUUGAAGAUUGGGAUGACGAUGAACCUGUGGAUGAUGAAACAGAUCUUAAUAACAAGGGUGAUAGCAUAUUAAAUUCUACUGAACAGGUUGAGGAUGCCCAUGAGUCCAUAGUUAGUCAGGAUGUCACAGCAAGGAUGUCAGUUGAUUCUGCAGUAAGCGAUAGUGCAACACCAAAUAAAGGUAGCGAAGAUGGUCAGCCUCAAAGAAGAUUAGGUAGAGUUAUUAAAAAAAAAGUUAUUUAUGAUCCUGAUAAUCCUGAUACAUUUACCAAGAGUAAAAUUUCUGUUAAAAAAGAACCACAAGCUGAAGAUUCUCCAUCAAAAAAAGUUAAAAGUGAGUCUACAGUUCCAAGACCAAAAUCAAAAUCUCCCAUUUCAAAGUUGCAAUGGAAAAAGCCACAACCAAAAAAUAGUAAACAAAAUAGAAGAUUAACUGAAGUUGAUAAGUUGCUAAUGGAUGAGGGUGCUGUAAAUAUGAUCUACCAACUUACUCCAGAAGCUCCUAAGGGUAAGAAAAAUAUGAGAACCAAAGCAGAAUUUAUUAAAAAAAUCCAAAGCUCUAACCCUGAAACUAAAGAAAUGAAAUUCAGGGAAAGGAAGGUAAAAAUUGAAGAAGGAGAAGCAAAAAAGAUUAUGGGCAACAAACAAAGACCAUCCUUGAGCAGUUCUGUAAAGUCUUCUAUAUGUGAAGACUUUGAGACACACAGUGCUGAUGACUCCAUUAUAUACAGGAGGCAUUCUUCUAGCUCUUAUUCUAGUACAUGCAUGAGCCCUCGUCGUUUGAGUGAUGUGGAAGGUGGCAGUAUACAAAGCUGUCAAAACAAGUCUACACUAAAAGAAACAGUUUUAGAAAAUGACAAAGCUCCAUCUGAUAUGAGUGCCAUCUUAUCAACAGAUGUAUUUGUGCCAGAUGUAUCAAAUCUUUCGACAGACAUAAUCAACAAAGAUGAUUGUUUAUCUAUAAAAGAAAAGUUAAACUCUAAAUUAUCUCUUGCAUUAAACAAGCGAAAACGUGAAAGUUCCAAAAGUGACAAACCAAUAAAACAUAGAAAGCUAUCCAAGGUAGAUCAGAAAGUAAAACAAGAUGAUGAUAAAUAUAAAUUAUUAUCAAUUUCAUAUGCUGAAAGAGUAGCAGAAAUACUCAUUCGCAAGACAGGGUCUAAAUAUAGUCAUAUGAUGUUUAAAGAGUUGUGUCAAGCAUUGGAGGAGGUGGACGCCAGGACAGACAUAUCCGUCACAUUGCUUAUGUCAGAGUGUGGCACCCUGUGUUCAGAUUUAGAUUUAAGUUCAUUGGUCAAUGAUGAUAUUGAAGAAAGGACUAAUUCUGCAUAUGAAUAUGCAGAAGAUAUUAGGUUGGUCCUGUUCGCCAUGAUUCAGCACAGCAAGUUGUUGGUAACGGGCGUGUGGGGCUCGUGCUCGGGGGUGGCGCCGGCGCUGCUGGCGCUCAGCGACGUGGCGCUGGCGUCGGAGGCCGCCACGUUCGAGCUGGCCAGCGGCGACCGGCCCGUGCUGCCCGGCGUCAUGUUGCUGUCCUCGCCCUGGCAGGCGCUGCCGCAAACCUUGGUGAACGACUUGGUGAUAUUCGGGUGCAAACUGAGCGCGCGCGAGGUGGCGGCGGGCGGACUGGUGAGCCGCGUGCUGCGGCCGCGCGGUGCCGCGCCCGUGCGCCAGCUGGCGCGCGACCUCGCCGUCGACAACAACCCCAAGAAUAUUUUGCUAAAAAAACGUUUGCUGAACCUAAAGAAUGCAAGCAAUACAUUCCUUUCGUGCCUCAUUAAAGAGAGGGACUUGAUCAUAAACUAUUGGACUUCUACCGAGGGACAGGAGCUGCUGCGCGCGAGCAUUACCGCCUAAAUAAUAUAAGAAAAUAAAAUUUGUUAAUAGAACCUAGGCUACAAUAUUAGUAUACAUGGAUAUCUAUUAUUCGAUUUACCGACAAAGCGACCUCGAAGUCUGCUUAAAAGUAAAUCUUAUUCUCAUUUCGUUUAACGACUGGUUUCUGGGUUCCAUUUGCAAGUAGGAUAAUAUUACUUUAUGUUUUUGGGUAAAGUUGUGUAAUUAAUAAAUAUGCGCGAACUCCCUCAACUGUAGGGAUUUUUAUUAAAUAAUUAGUAAAUAAAAACAAAAGUUUAAAUUUCUGUAUAUGGUUGCGAAUAAUUUUGUCAAGUGGCGCUCGAUAAAUUUAAAAGUUGACAAUAUGAAGUAGGUCAGUUAUUUCAUUUCUUUGGAAAUAAUUCUUUGGAAUAUGCGGUCAUGCCUUAGAAAACAGCGUAAUUCCGCAAUCGUUUAUUAAACCAAUUCGGAAAUUGCGUACAUACAAAUGUAUACAAAAUAAAAAUAUGUCAACUUGGUAUCUGCGCUGUGAAAAGACUGCUGUGUAGACGUUUCUAUUUUAUUCUUUCAUUCUUAUGCUACAGAGCAUAAUCAUUUAUUAUUUAGUUUGUUUAAAUUAAGUAUGUAUGACAAAAACUAUUCUGAUUACAACUGAUAAUUUUUUUUUUGAAAUGUGGGACUUUUUUAAAACUUGGUGAAUGUAUCGUCGUCAGUUCUCGUUUCGCCACUUUACGGUGCUUCAAUAAUUCCAACAAAUCAUAAAUAUUGCAAUGUCAGAUAAAUAUCGAAAUACCAGAUCUGACACAUCAUCAUAUUGAGAUCAAAUUCAAGAUCUGACAACGACGACUAAAUAAAAAUACCUUAACAUUUAUUAAUAAUUUACAUUUGCCGAUGAUUAGUAACAACUUAAUAGGAAACAACGCAACUCUUAUUAAAAAAUUAGGUGUUGUUCGUUUUUAGUCAUAGAACAUUAUGCAAUGUUAUAGAUUAAAUUGUUUAUGUCUUUGUUUUAGAUGUUUGAGUUUAUGAUAUAGAUGAAUUAAUUUCAAUUUAUAGCCAAAGUUCUAAACUGGUUUUUAGACCCCUUACUGGAGAUUAGUGUUAACAAAAUGUCCAAUAUAAUUUAGAUUAUAUAAUAUUGGCAACAAUAUUUUUUCGCACUUAUAAUUGUUAGCUUGAUUGUGCGAAAAUUUACGUUUCAUAAUCAGAAUAUUCCUCUUAGAUUCUUUUACUAGGUUUAUAUUUAGAUUGAUUGUAUUGCUUCUGUUUAGUUAUUAACAUGUAAGUGUAGCAAUAGUUUAUUUCAUUAUAUUUCUUAAUUACAAAAUAAAGUGCCUUUAAUACGA